AUGAGCGCGCUCGCCCGUCACGAAGAGGCUUCAGGCUUCAUGAGGCUGCCAGCCGAAACCCGGCUACACAUCUACAGCUAUCUGAUCCCCAAGGAUCGAAUAGAGAUGGAUCUGUGCAACCCGCAGCGCCCUGAGAACCCCGACGAACCUCAUGGCACGUCUACAACACCGUCGUUCUAUCCGACCUCUCAUUCGACCCCGUCUUAUUCCAGACGGACCGUCAUCACCGGCAUCGUCGACCAAGCCCUUCAACUCGAGAUCAUCACGCGCAACAACGGCCUGCAAUUACUACUGGUCAGCCAGCGCACGCACGACGAGGUAUGGCCCAUGUUGUGCAAGGUGCCCGUGCGCUUCCACUGUCUGAAAUGCUUCGAGGAGGUUUUGCGCAAUCUAUCCUUCGGGCUCGGUGCCGGGGUGAGGUGGAUGAAACACGUCGAGAUCGUUGUCAACUGCGGCGCCGGUCUUUUCGGCCCUCCCUUCCGUCCUCUCACCGACAGCCUGGCAAAGUUCAUGGUCACUGAAGCAGUGCAAACUGCCCGCCAUACAGUCUGGAUGUAUUGCGGACGCCUGGGCGUUCUCAUCGAACAGGAUAGCUGGAAAUACGAGCCGUUCCCGCCCAGGCCCAGGCCCAAGGUCAGGGUCAGGGUCAAGGUCAGGGUCAAGGUCAGGGUCAAGGUCAGGGUCAAGGUCAGGGUCAAGGUCAGGGUCAAGGUCAAGGUCAGGGUCAAGGUCAAGGUCAGGGUCAAGGUCAGGGUCAAGGUCAGGGUCAAGGUCAAGGUCAGGGUCAAGGUCAAGGUCAGGGUCAAGGUCAGGGUCAAGGCCAGGCCCAAGGUCAAGCCCCAGCUCAGAUCCAAGGACUACAACCGAAUGCGAACCUACCUUUCCCAGGACUACAUCAGCAACUGA